CGUUUUCUUGUCCCCAAGCAAACCAAGUCAGAUACAAGGUAAGCUCAACACAUUCAAUCAUACCAACUUCGGGGACAAAUCGUAUAGGCACGGGACACAUGAAUCAUACUGGCUUUUGAUCAUUGACACAUGGGCAACUCAACAGGAACCUAGACAACCACCACAGAGGACAUUCCUAGUGCAGCAAAAUCGGGUAAAGGAAGAGGAAUCAUUUCAGUUCACCAACCAACAUAGACUUGACUCAAACACUUAACCAAGACAGUCAUCGCAUGCAUCAAACUCAAGACAUCAGAAUCAAGACUGAGCCAUCUAGGUCCUCACCGGGGCAAAUGAUGACUCGGUAUUUGCACAUGUUUUCCCCUUUGUUUCUUGAUUGUUUGAGCUUGAAUUAUUGCGUCUUUGGCCUAUUUUAUGCUAGGUUGUAUUCCUUUGUCCCAUUUCAGGUCCUAGCACAUAAAGUGAAGCAUAGGCGCAAGUUUCAAGUCAAUCAGAGAUCAAUUGACGAUUCGAGAGAAGAAACUCGGGCAUGACCUGAAGAAGAAUGGAUUUCUACCUCACUUUAUGGACAAAGAAUCAUGCAAGCUUGUUAUGAAACGAAAGGGGACGAGACUACGAGCGUCUGGGAUCAAACGGAGAUUGAUUCGGAGUCCGGACGAGGGAGAAACGAAGCAUUAAACAGAGGCUGAGCAAGCUGCACGGGCAGACCAGGGAGGCUGCACGGCCGUGCAAGUGAGCAAUAUGGCCGUGCGCCUUAUGCCGAGGACACGCACGGGCAACCCCUGAAGCUCGCACGGCCGUGCACCCUGGCCGUGCGAGAGGGCUGAAGUUCGACUAAAUGACACGCUGCGUUUUGAGUUGCACGGCCAGAAUGGUGAUAUGCACGGCCGUGCACCCUGGCCGUGCGAGUCGGGAUUUCCUGGUUUUAAGCCAAAUUCCGAACCAAAGAGGAGGGAGAGCUGGGUUUUGGAUCCCAAACACCCAAGGGACGAACCCUAGAGAGAGAGGGCGAUUUGAGGGCAUUCUUGGAGUAGAGAAGGAUGAUUUCUUCGCCUUGGAAGCUCGAGGAACAAGCCUGGACUUGAAGACUGAUCAUCUGAAGAUUCUUACUGCAGUCUCUCUCUUCUCUAUGGAGUAACUUCCCUUCACUUAGGUUUGAGGAACCCUAGCUAUGUUUGUUUGAUUGGAUGAUUGUAUGAGUACUCUGACUUGAUAAUCUUGAGUUCAUAUUCAAUCUAUGCAUGUUUUCAUGAUUCAAUUCUGCUUUAGUCGAGAUUAUUGAUUCUGCUUUGAUCCUAUGAGAGGGAAUACCUGAUUAGGUCAAUAGAGCACCAUAGAUUGAUAGUAGUGGAUCGAUUGCUUUAGUCGAGGGUUAAUUCACUGCUUUGUAUCGAUUGAGAACCCCUUUCGAUAGAGGGAGUCUAGUUCAGAACGCCUUGAUCAGUUGUUCUAGAGAAGGAUACGUCCCUCUAGGCAAUUGACUCAAGAGGGCCUUGUUCCUUUAGUCGAGACUCAAGGUCUAGUCAAGGAUUCUCCGCAUUGUGAAUGAAAGUGAAACAGGUUAGAGAUCAUCAAUCAUUAAUCUGGCUAGUGGCUAGGGGGAAUCAUACCUAAGUGAGUUCCCAACCUGUAAUUAGAUUAACUUUAACUGUAGUUUGCUAGAGUAGUUUUAGUUCUUUCAUCUUAAUCUGAUUUGCUAAAUAAUAAACUGAAGCUGAGUAAUAGUAACUCUAGAGACCCGUGGAUUCGAUAUUUAUCACUUGAGCCACUAUACUGCAGUCCCUUUCAUUGGUUACACUUGGCCUUUGUUAGGUGUUGUGUUUUAGAGCAUCAAGUUUUUGGCGCCGUUGCCGGGGACUUUCUAGAGUAUUAGGAAAGGCAGAAGUUUGUUACUUUAGCGUUUUUCGUUUCUUUUCUUUUCCACCCUUGCUUUUCACUUGGGUGUUUUUGUUUUUGUUGGUGCAGAUCUGAAUCAUGGAUCCUAAUGGCUUCUCCAAUCAUUGGGGGUAUCCACCACCAUCUGGGUGGUAUUACCCCGAGACUCCGUGGAGCAAUCAAGGCGGAGAAGACUAUGGAUUCGGGUUCCAGUACCAACCCCCUUACUACGGAGAACAACCGGACCCCUGGGCUUAUCAAGAACAACCUCAUUAUCAAGAAGAAUUUCUCCCACAACUAGAAGGGCCAUCGGCGCUGGAGUUACUCAUGGAGCAGUUUGCUCGAGACUGUGAGAGAACAUGCUCCAGGAUGGAUCAGUGUGUCCAGGCCUAUCGUGAAACAGAUGAGAUCCUCCUGAGCCUUAAGAAGAGCGUCGAUGAUCUUGAGCGAUCUUGGACCCAACCUGCUCCAGAUCCCCCUUCUGCUACCAUACAAGAGGAGGAGGAGGAAGAAGAAGGCUACAAGGGCAUUGUGGAACACAUUGAAGUUGUCACGGAGAGCUCCCGUGAUGAUCAUGAUCAGGCGUGUCAUGUCGUAGCCGACCACACCUUCCCACACCCCAAACUGAGCUUUGAAGAGGCGGGCAUGAGUGAGGAGAUGCAAGAAGAUCUCAUGAAAGAAAUUGCUUGGCAACUUGCUCUCCAAUCCGUGCUAGAAGAAGAAGAGCAAGAAAGGGUGCAGAAAGAAGUUGUGGAGGAUGACGAAAGUGAAGCUGGAGGAGUUCUUGAUCAUUUCCCAGGGGUGAUACCACAUGAAGAAGGAAGGGAGGUUGAAGAGGCGAUUGGCGUCCAGGAUGAGGACGAAGUUGAGGUGGAAGAGGCUUGCACCGGCCAUGAGUUACAUGUGAUAUCUCCACCAAACUUCGAGGAACUGCUUAGCAAGGACCCAUUUGCAGUGUCUCUUUGCCAGACCAAGGCCACAUCGACAUCGGUCCCUCUUGGUGGACGCGAUGGUGGCCAAUCGAUGCUGUCUUAUCUGGUUUGGGGCAAUGAGACGAGAGAAGAGAAGAAGAGGUCUCGAGGGUGGAGACUUCAUCUGCAUCAAGUACAUGAGCCUUCAUCACCUGCCACACCACAUGCUCGUGACUUGAGACUCCACCUCAUCGACGAGAACCUCAACUUCAAGGAGGUUCUAGCAUGGACCGAAACUUAGGAGCCAUCGUCCGGCUCACGACGUGAAAGAAGCGCUUGUUGGGAGGCAACCCAACCAGUCGGUUUGCAUUUCUUUCUCUUUUUCUCCUCGGUUGAGUCAGUUUUGUUAUUUGAUUUUAGAGUCAAUAACUCAACCUUUGUGAGAUUUUGUGUGGUGUUUGUGUUCUGAUUACUCUCUCUUCCUGGAAUGCACUGCCUGACCCGUACAUCAUCAUUCACCCUUGAUCUGGUAACUUCGUUCUACCCUCCUUAUCUUUCCUCCAUUGAGGACAAUGUCGUGCUUAAGUGUGGGGGGGUGUUCGAUUAUGUAUGCGGGUGAAUGUUUGGCUGUUUGUGUGCUUGGAGCCUAGUUCACUGCCCAAAUUUUUAAAUUUGAGGGCUCCAAGUACGUGUUCCAUGCAAUUGCCUGCUCAGUAUGCUUUGAAUUGACAGUCUUUAUAGUAAUAUGCAACCUAGGGAGGUAGUGUAGCACUAUGGAGGAUGUUGAUGCAUUUAAGAAGUCUCGUUUCUUCUUCAUAUAAAGUUGGUUGAUUGAGUGAAUUAGUGAUCUUAGGACCCUUGAAUUGUGUGGUGUUGUGGAUUUUCUACCUGUCAUGGACUCUUGUAUCAUGUUUUGAGUUUAACAGGUGCUCGAAAAUGUGCUUCAAAUAACGUCUCCCGUGCGAAUAGGGCGAAAGUGUGUAAGGGGAGACGGGAAUUCGUUCCCAAUUUCCACCUACUACCUCCAGCCCCCUUACAUGUCUUUCCCCCGCACGAGGCUCGAGACAUCCGCUCCUGGCAUGGCCGGUAAGAGCAGGUUGGGACCCUUGAAAGAAAAAAAAAAGGAAAAAAAUAACAGAAAACAAGCAAAACAGAAAGAAAAGGGGUUCCAACCAUCUUCAAAGAAAAUCGAGCACCUUGAAAAAUGUGAGUCCAUGAUCUUUUGUUUUUGAGAAUCUCUUCAUCCACAAUUCAUUUGUCCUCUGCUCACUGUUUGCCAUGAUGCCGACUCACCGAAGAAGCUAUGAGAUGACUUGUGCGUCGGUUGACCUCGUAAGCUGCUAAAUGAUCUUGGAAGUCCUCUACCUACGAUCUGGGGUGUUUGUUGCUAUAGAGGUCUGAAGAGUUGCAUUGGUUUGAGUUAGGUUUGCUUGGGGACAAGCAAACAGUUAAGUGUGGGGGGAUUUGAUGACUCGGUAUUUGCACAUGUUUUCCCCUUUGUUUCUUGAUUGUUUGAGCUUGAAUUAUUGCGUCUUUGGCCUAUUUUAUGCUAGGUUGUAUUCCUUUGUCCCAUUUCAGGUCCUAGCACAUAAAGUGAAGCAUAGGCG